CAGCAACACACUGACAGAUCACUGCUCAGGGAAGAGCUUACAAGCACCGCACCGACUACAACUACAACUACAACAGCAGCUAUGGAGAUGUCCUACUGCUCUCCUCUCCAGCUCCCGGAGAACGCUUUCCUGUUUGACUGCGAGUCCCUGCUGGACAAGUGUUAUGAUCCUCAGGCCUAUGAUCCAGCCUUGGACCCUGGUUACGUCAGCGCUGGUAGCAGCCUGUCUCCCACCUCUUCUGUGGACUCCUUCUGCUUCUCUCCCACCUCCCUCCAGGCCUCCGGCAACGAACAGAGCGCUUUGGACCGUUUCAUCUUCAACAGCUCGGCAGCAACUUGUCAGUCCCACGAGACACAGACUCUGCCCUGCUCCAGAUCUUCCACAACCACCUCCACCACCAAGAAAUCCAGGUCCAGGUUUCCAGGGAAGAAGCGCCAGACAGCCAGUGAGAGGGAGAAGCUGAGGAUGAGGGAUCUGACCAAGUCCAUGCAUCACCUCAGGAAAUACCUGCCAUCCUCGGUGGCACCAGCCGGACAGACCCUGACCAAGAUUGAGACACUGCGCCUCACCAUCCGCUACAUCUCCUACUUGUCGGCUCAGCUGGGCAUCAGCGAGGAGGCGCUGGAGCAGAGGAGAUCCUCAGGCUUUGUGGAGCAGCCCCAAACCCUCAACCAGUUCUUGGGUCAGCCAACAGCCAGCUACAGCUCACAAGAAUCAGACUGUAACACCAUGAGCUCAGCCCAGCUGUCCUCUCUGCAGCCCUCAUAUCAGGUUUCUAAUGGAGUGUGCUUCACCAGCGAGCACUACUGGAUGCCACAGCAGCAACUACAAAAUACCUUCUCUGGACAGUGCUGAGGGAUAUGGCGACAAAGACUAUUUUCAUUGCAACAAUGACCUCUAACCACAUUUAUGUACAAAACUUCUCAUUUUUGUUAUUUUGAACAAAAUGCCUGAUUUUUGUUGAGUGUUUUUGUAUAUAGAACUGUAUAUUUAUUGAUUAUUAUUGAUUUCUGUGACCAGAAUAAACAUUAUUUAUCAAAUUUA